GGUGACUUUGCUUUCUAUCUUCAUUUAAAAAUAUUGGUCAGGUCGUACCGGUGUUUCUCACCACACUGCAGCGUGAGUGCAACAUUGCGGCCUGAAUAUUCGAAACGUUGAAAGUGAGAACGACUGGUUUGUGAUUUUCUUCAAUUAAAGUACCGUACGACCAGAAAGGCCUCCAGCAAUGUUAGUGCGACUCAUCAGCUCCAAAACCCUCCUCCGUUCAACCCAACACAUCUCCUUCCUCCCUGCAACAUGCAACUUUUCCACAAAAAUCGAAUACAAGCCAAUAAGAAGCGUCCUUGUGGCAAACCGAGGCGAAAUCGCCGUCAGAGUAUUCCGAGCUUGCAACGAACUAGGGAUCAAAUCAGUUGCAAUUUACUCCAAAGAAGACAGAGCCCACAUUCACAGACUCAAAGCCGACGAGAGUUACUUAGUGGGUGAAGGCCUACCACCUGUCCAGGCCUACCUCAACAUACCCGAGAUAAUAAAAAUAUGUAAGGACAACGGCAUUGAUGCGGUACAUCCAGGGUAUGGCUUCCUCUCAGAAAGGGCUGAUUUUGCCCAAGCUGUUAUCGAUGCCGGAAUUAGGUUUAUCGGACCAUCGCCGAAAGUCGUGCAUCAGAUGGGAGAUAAGGUGGCUGCCAGAGAGGCAGCAAUUGAAGCAGGUGUUCCAAUUGUUCCGGGGACUGAUGGGCCGGUUACCACCAAGGAAGAAGCCAUGGAAUUUUGCGUCAAACACGGACUACCGGUCAUUUUUAAGGCCGCUUAUGGCGGCGGUGGACGUGGCAUGCGAGUGGUCCGCAAGAUGGAAGAAGUGGAAGAAAACUUCCAGAGAGCAUCAUCCGAAGCCCUCAGUGCCUUCGGCAACGGCGCCAUGUUUAUCGAAAAAUUCAUCGAACGUCCAAGACACAUCGAAGUCCAAUUAAUGGGAGAUAAAGCCGGCAACGUGGUCCAUCUCUUCGAGCGUGAUUGUUCAGUCCAGCGCCGCCACCAGAAAGUCGUAGAAAUGGCCCCAGCUCCACACUUGGACGUCAACGUCCGGAACAAAAUGACCGACUUGGCUGUAAAACUUGCCAGACAUGUUGGUUACGAAAACGCCGGUACCGUCGAAUUUCUUUGUGACCAAAAAGGCAAUUUUUAUUUCAUCGAAGUCAACGCUCGACUCCAAGUCGAACACACUGUCACGGAAGAAAUCACCGGAAUUGAUUUAGUGCAAACUCAACUUCGAGUUGCCGAAGGGGUGACACUACCAGAGAUGGGGAUUACGCAGGAUAACAUCAAACCAAAUGGGUUUGCGAUCCAAUGCAGGGUCACCACUGAGGACCCUGCGAAGAACUUCCAACCAGAUACAGGGAGAAUCGAGGUGUUCCGCUCAGGAGAAGGGAUGGGGAUUCGGCUAGAUGGCGCUUCAGGGUUUACAGGAGCGAUCAUUUCGCCCUACUAUGACUCACUCCUAGUCAAAGUCAUUGCACAUGCCAAAGACUUGCAAUCGUCCUGUGCGAAAAUGAAUCGGGCCUUGAGAGAAUUCAGAGUUCGAGGAGUCAAAACUAACAUUCCCUUCCUUUUGAAUGUGUUGGAAAAUCAGAAGUUUUUGAAUGGCUCGGUCGAUACUUACUUUAUUGAUGAAAACCCACAACUUUUCAAUUUCGCCCAAACGCAAAACAGAGCACAAAAAUUGCUCAAUUAUUUAGGGCAGGUGCUGGUCAACGGACCACAAACUCCGCUUGCCACCACCAACAAACCCUCCGAUAUUAAACCUCAUUUACCAGAAGUGUCGCAAGAGUACCUGGCGUACACCCCAGACCAAAAACCAAACGUCCAACCGCCGAAAGGGUUCCGCGAGAUUUAUAAACAGCAAGGUCCGGAAGCUUUCGCUAAGGCCGUUCGCAACCACAAAGGCCUUCUUUUAAUGGACACGACCUACCGCGACGCCCAUCAAUCUCUUCUAGCCACCAGAGUCAGGUCACACGACCUGUUGCGAAUUUCGCCCUUCGUUACACACAAUUUUAAUCAGUUGUACUCUUUGGAGAACUGGGGUGGGGCGACUUUCGAUGUCGCUUUGAGGUUUUUGCACGAAUGUCCAUGGGAAAGAUUAGAGGAAAUGAGAAAAUUGAUACCAAAUAUUCCUUUCCAGAUGUUGCUUAGAGGAGCAAACGCUGUGGGUUAUACAAAUUAUCCCGACAAUGUUGUUUUCAAAUUCUGCGAAUUAGCGGUCCAAACUGGUAUGGACGUGUUUCGAGUGUUUGAUUCAUUGAAUUAUCUUCCAAAUUUGAUUGUGGGUAUGGAAGCUGCAGGGAAAGCUGGAGGCAUCGUCGAAGCUGCUAUUUCCUACUCUGGUGAUGUUAGCAAUCCCAAUAAAAAGAAAUACGACCUCAAGUACUACCUAAACAUUGCUGAAGAACUGGUCAAGGCUGGAACACAUGUUUUGGCAAUCAAGGACAUGGCUGGGUUAUUGAAACCGGCAGCUGGAAGGAUGCUAGUGAGUGCUCUUCGUGACAAAUACCCGGAUCUCCCGAUCCAUAUUCAUACUCAUGACACUAGUGGCGCUGGUGUCGCUGCUAUGUUGGCUUGUGCUGAAGCUGGUGCUGAUGUUGUUGACGUUGCUGUUGAUUCAAUGUCAGGGUUAACAAGUCAACCAAGUAUGGGUGCUAUUGUUGCAAGUCUUCAAGGCACUCAACUUGACACAAACAUCGACCUUUCCAAUGUGUCCGAAUAUUCAGCUUAUUGGGAACAAACACGAACUCUAUAUGCACCAUUCGAAUGCACCACAACCAUGAAAUCUGGAAACGCUGAUGUUUACAUUAAUGAAAUUCCAGGGGGUCAAUACACAAACCUCCAAUUCCAAGCAUAUUCUCUCGGUCUUGGCGACUUCUUUGAAGACGUUAAGAAAGCUUACGCCGAAGCUAACAUUCUCUUAGGUGACAUUAUAAAGGUGACUCCGUCAUCUAAAGUCGUGGGUGACCUAGCCCAAUUCAUGGUCCAAAACAAACUCAGCCCUCAAGACGUGUUAAACAAAGCUGAAGAAUUAUCCUUCCCUAAAUCAGUAGUGGAGUAUUUGCAAGGCCACAUUGGCCAACCUUACGGAGGGUUCCCUGAACCUCUACGCUCGAAAGUACUCAGAGACAUGCCACGCAUCGAAGGCCGACCCGGAGCCUCUCUUUCUCCCUUAGAAUUUGACAAACUCAAGACUGACCUUAAAGAAACUUUCCCUCACGCUACCGACAGAGAUGUCAUGUCGGCAGCUCUCUACCCGCAAGUAACAAACGAAUAUUUAGCGUUUAAAGAGCAAUACGGCCCUGUCGAUAAAUUAGACACUAGAAUUUUCCUCGUAGGACCAAAAGUUGGUGAAGAGUUUGAAGUGACAAUUGAGAAAGGUAAAACUUUGGGCAUUAAAACCCUAGCAAUGGCUGAGGAUCUGACCGAGAAUGGCGAACGCGAAGUGUUCUUUGAAUUGAACGGAACUCUUCGAUCUGUGCUGAUAAGAGAUAAGGAUGCCGGUAAAGAAAUUCACGUUCAUCCGAAAGCUGAUAAGGCCAAUAAGAAACAAGUGGGGGCCCCAAUGCCUGGAACUGUUAUUGAUAUUAGAGUUAAAGUUGGGGAGAAAGUCGAGAAAGGAACUCCAUUGGUAAUUUUAUCUGCCAUGAAAAUGGAAACUGUUGUGCAAAGUCCGAUCGCCGGUAUUAUUAAAACUUUAGAUGUUAACAUGGGAAUGAAACUGGAAGCUGAAGAUUUGAUGAUGACAGUUGAGUAACCACUUUACUUCACCACAUGUUAGGCUGUGUUACGUCAUGUACAAAAAAGUCAUAUUUUUACAUUGGUUGAGCAUUUUAAACUGUUUCGUAAAGAAUUAUUUAUUGUUAUACAAUUUGCUUUUGUUGAUCUUGUUAUUUUGUUAUCUCCACUUUAUUAAAAUAGAGACUAUUUUUUACGGA